GUAGAAUCAGUGCUGUAGCCACUCCCUGAUCCGUGGACCCCGUUGUUGCGACCGCUUCCCUGCUUCACUGAGUGCCUGGAGAGCUGGGCGGUAGACGCGUCCUGGACUGGUUCAUUGAAAGUGGAGAAAUAGCCCUCAGUUCACGCCGGGGAAGGGAUAAAGGAAUCAUAGCCUAACUUUUUUCAAAGUGACAUCUGGAAACUACAUUCAUUCUCAAGAGUGGAUUGAAAGAGGGAGUUAUUUGUACACACAAGGGGGGGAUUAUGUCCAAGAUGGAGGUGAAGACAUCACUUCUCGACAACAUGAUAGGGGUGGGGGACAUGGUCCUCCUGGAGCCCCUAACAGAAGACUCCUUCAUCGACAACUUGCGGAAGCGCUUUGACCACAAUGAGAUCUAUACCUAUAUUGGCAGUGUGGUUAUCUCCAUGAACCCCUACAAGCACCUCCCCAUCUACACAGCAGACAAGGUGGAGGAUUACCGCAACAGGAACUUCUACGAGCUCAGCCCCCACAUUUAUGCCCUGGCUGACGAGGCCUACCGAUCUCUACGGGACCAGGACAAAGACCAGUGCAUUCUCAUCACAGGGGAGAGUGGAGCCGGCAAGACAGAGGCCAGCAAGCUGGUGAUGUCAUACGUGGCAGCCGUGUGCGGCAAGGGCCAGGAGGUGAACAAGGUGAAGGAGCAGCUGCUGCAGUCCAACCCAGUGCUGGAGGCUUUCGGGAAUGCCAAGACCGUCCGGAAUGACAACUCCUCUCGAUUUGGGAAAUAUAUGGACAUCGAGUUUGACUUCAAAGGGGACCCCAUAGGUGGAGUCAUCAGUAACUAUCUUCUGGAGAAGUCUCGCGUUGUGAAGCAGCCCCGGGGAGAACGCAAUUUCCAUGUUUUCUACCAACUCCUGUCUGGAGCAUCUGAAGACACGCUCAAAAAGCUUAAACUGGACAGAGACUUCAGCAAAUAUAACUACUUGAGUCUGGACUCAGCAACCGUUAAUGGACUGGAUGACGCUGCAAACUUCCGCACAGUCAGAAAUGCCAUGCAGAUCGUGGGCUUCAUGGAGGAUGAGGUGCUGUCGGUGCUUGAACUAGUGGCUGCUGUGCUGAAGCUGGGCAACAUCGAGUUCAAGCCCGAGUCACGAGUCAACGGCUUUGACGAGAGCAGAGUCAAAGACAAGAAUGACCUGAAGGAGAUGUGCGAGCUGCUGGGGAUUGAGCAGGCGGUGCUGGAGAGGGCCUUCAGCUACCGCACGGUGGAGGCCAAGUUGGAGAAGGUGUCCACUACCCUCAAUGUUGCUCAGGCUUACUACGCCCGAGAUGCCCUCGCCAAAAACCUCUACAGCCGACUCUUCAGCUGGCUGGUGAACCGCAUCAACGAAAGCAUCAAGGCACAAACUAAAGCACGCAAGAAAGUAAUGGGUGUCCUGGAUAUCUAUGGCUUUGAGAUAUUUGAGGACAACAGCUUUGAGCAGUUCAUCAUCAACUACUGCAACGAGAAGCUGCAGCAGAUCUUCAUCGAGCUGACGCUCCGCGAGGAGCAGGAGGAGUAUGUGCGCGAGGGCAUCGAGUGGACCACCAUUGAAUACUUCAACAAUGCCAUCAUUUGUGACCUCAUCGAGAAUAACCAGAACGGGAUCCUGGCCAUGUUGGACGAGGAGUGUCUGCGCCCCGGCACCGUGACCGACGACACCUUCCUGGACAAACUCAACACCAUCUGCGCGGAGCACCAGCACUUUGAGAGCCGCCAGAGCAAGAACUCCAAGUUCCUGACGGACCACAGCCUGCCACACACCUGCUUCCGCAUCCAGCACUACGCUGGCAAGGUGCUGUACCGUGUGGAGGGCUUUGUGGACAAGAAUAAUGACCUGCUCUACAGAGACCUCUCCCAGGCCAUGUACAAGGCCAACCACAGCCUGAUGAAGCUCCUCUUCCCCGAGGGCAACCCAGCCAAGGUCAACCUGAAGAGACCACCCACCGCUGGCUUCCAGUUCAAAGCCUCAGUGGGAACCCUCAUGAGGAACCUCCAGACCAAGAACCCCAACUACAUUAGAUGCAUCAAGCCCAAUGACAAGAAGGCCGCCCACAUCUUCACGGACUCGCUGGUGUGCCACCAGGUGCGGUACCUGGGGCUGAUGGAGAACGUGCGUGUGCGGAGAGCCGGCUACGCUUUCCGCCAAGCCUACGAGCCAUGUCUGGAGCGCUACAAGAUGCUGUGCAAGCAGACGUGGCCUCACUGGAGGGGUCCUGCCAGGGAGGGAGUGGAGGUGUUGCUCACAGACUUGCAAGUGGCCACGGAGGAGUACUCCUACGGACGCUCGAAGAUCUUCAUCAGGAACCCCAGAACACUCUUCUUCCUGGAGGAGAAGAGGAGGAUGUGCCUGGAGGACCUGGCCACGCUCAUCCAGAAGAUCUACAGGGGCUGGAAGUGUCGCACCCACUUCCUGCUGCUGAAGAAGAGCCAGGUGGUGGUGGCCUCCUGGUACCGGCGCUAUGCGCAACAAAAGAAGUACCAGAAGAUUAAGAGUGCCACUGUGGUGAUGCAGUCCUUCAUCAGAGGCUGGAAGGCACGAAAGAUCCUGCGGGAGCUGAAGUACCAGAAGCGUUGCAAAGAGGCCGUGACGACCAUCGCAGCCUACUGGCACGGGACUCAGGCGCGGACAGAGCUGCGGCGUCUCAAGGAGGAGGCCAGGAAUAAGCACGCGGUCACUGUCAUAUGGGCAGCCUGGUUGGGAACUAAGGCUCGGAGGGAACUGCGGCGUUUAAAGCACGCGAAACGGAGUAAGCAGGCCGUGUCCAUCAUUUGGGCUGGCUGGCAAGGGACAAAGGCCCGCAGAGAGCUGAAGAGACUGAAGGAGGAGGCCAGGCGUAAGCACGCCGUCGCCGUCAUUUGGGCCUACUGGUUGGGACUUAAGGUUCGUCGGGAGUACAGGAAGUUCUUCCGGGCCAACGCUGGCAGAAAGAUCUAUGAAUUCACCAUCCAGAGGAUUAUGCAGAAAUACUUCCUGGGGCUUAAGAACACCAUGCCUUCCAUGUCACCCAUUGACAAAACAUGGCCCGUCAGACCCUACCAGUUCCUGGAGGGAGCUCACACGGAGCUCAGGAGAAUCUUCCACCUGUGGAGGUGCAAAAAAUACAGGGGUCAGUUCACAGCGGAGAAGAAAGCCAUCUAUGAGGAAAAACUUGAGGCCAGUGAGAUCUUCAAAGACAAGAAGGCCCUUUAUCCAAGCAGUGUGAGCCAGCCUUUCAAAGGAGACUACCUGGAGAUCAACAAGAACCCCAAGUACCAGAAACUGAACAGUGUUGUUGAGGAGAAGAUUCUUCUGGCUGACGUGGUCAACAAGAUUAACAGGGCCAAUGGCAAGGGGGCGCCCAGGAUCUUCGUGCUGACAAAGAACAGUUUUGUGCUGGCAGACCAGAAGACCGGUCAGGUUAAGUCCAGUGUUCCACUGCCCGAUGUCUGCAGUGUGUCAGUCAGCACACAGACCGAUGGCUUCUUUGCCCUCAAACUCAAAGAGGGCACUGCCGCAGCAGCCAAGGGGGAUUUUCUGCUGAGCAGCGAUCACCUGAUUGAGAUCAUCACCAAACUCCACCGCACGGGAGUCAACCGUGAUCAGUUCAACAUCGACAUCUCAGACGAGUUCCUGGUGCAGUUCAAGCAGGACAAGGUGUGUGUGAAGUUCAUCCAGGGUGGCCCAAAGAACGGCAGCAAUGCAGCAUGCAAGCGCAAAAACAACCGUCUCUUAGAAGUUUGCGUACCAUCGCCCUAGAAAUGACUCUCCCCGAGGGGUUCCCAUUGUUGGACAAUUUACCAUCCAACCCUACAAAGCCCCACCCACUAGUUGUGCAAUUAUAAUAUUUUUUGUGCUUAUGUUGUAUCUCCAGUUCAGAGUGUGUGGCUCACUGUAUUUGCCGCUGCAAUACCAAGGAUAAGAGGAAAUUGUAUGGCGUUUGGAAGUACAGUGGGCAUGAACCUAAAAAGAAAAUAAGGUUUUUGUUUUACCUGUUCUAUUUUUUAAUCGGGUAAAGGGGUCGACCCAAAAAAAGUGCCCUUGCUUUGUCAUAGCACAUCACAUUCUCUGUUAAACAGCCAAGAUAAUGCCUGUGAUUAUGAAUAUGCGCAUCAGAUGGCCUCAGCAGCAGAUUAUACCAGACAUGAUGGGGCUGUGUCCAGUCACGCCAAGCUAAACUCAUCCAGCUAAGCUACGACAGACUGUGCACGCUGGUGGCUGGGCAUCCGUUUGGGUCUGACCUAGCAGGCAAGGCUGGCGGACCAGGUCAAUGAGCACUGAUAGAACGGUGGCAAAUGGAACAAUUGCACUUGCUUAAACUUUGGCAAGAUAUAGACACAAAGCGGGGGAAUCUGAUGUUUUAUUUUUAAUUCUUGUUGGUUGUUGGUUAGUUGGUUGGAUGGCUGGUUUGGUGAUGCCUCUUAGCAUACUGAUUAAAGUUCAGCAAAAGGAAGUA